AUGUGGUUCCCAUUGUCCACCUUCCCCGCCUUCUUUCAAUUGACCUUGGCACUCGAUAUGAUAAGUCAGGUCACAAUAUCUCCCCCGCGGGAGGCUAAUCUUCACGUUCCCGACUCUAAGAUCAACGAAUUCACCUCGCUCCUCUACUCUUCGAAAAUUGGCCCCGAAACCUGGUAUAACAAUAACACGGAUUUCGGUACCACUAGAGACUGGCUAGCCAAAGCGAAGGAUUCUUGGUUGGAUCUGGACUGGCGAAACCAGGAAGACCGCAUUAACAGCUUUCCCAACUUCAACACCACCAUCAACGACGUCGAUAUUGGGCCUAUAAACAUCCAUUUCGUCGGUCUUUACUCCAGCAGACGUGAUGCCUUGCCGCUCCUCUUCCUACAUGGAUGGCCCGGUUCUUUCCUCGAGUGUCUUCCCAUGCUUGAUGUUUUGAAAAGCAAAUACACCACGGAAACUCUUCCUUAUCAUGUCAUAAUUCCCUCAUUGCCGGACUAUGGGCUUUCCGGUGGGCUAGUUGAUACUGAACUCACCCUUGAAAUAGCGGCAAGGCUAAUGAAUGAGCUUAUGAUCACUCUUGGAUUCGGCUCAGGCUAUGUUGCCCAGGGUGGUGACAUUGGCAGCUUCCUUGCAAGAAUUAUAUCAGCGACUUAUCCACAGUGCAAGGCCUUCCACAUUAACAUGCUUGCUCCAUCAUCUCAGGAGGAGAUGCUUACUACUGCCAACAUAACUGAAGAGGAGUCACAGCACGUACAGCGAAUGCUGAAAUUCAGCGCUACGGGGUCGUCGUAUCUUCUUGAGCAUGGCUUAAGACCCUCGACUAUUGGUCUCGUCUUAUCAUCAAGUCCACUGGCCAUGUUGGCCUGGAUUGGCGAGAAGUUCCUCGAGUGGCCUGACUCCCGUUAUCCACUUACUCUCGACACAAUUCUCACAAUGGUGAGCUUCUAUUGGUACACGGACACUUUCCAAAGAAGCAUGUAUCCCUAUCGAGCGCUUGCGGGGUCUGCUGCAGCAGAUGAGAUAUUUUCUGUUCCCACGUCUAAAGAAAAGCCGUUUGGCUACUCGGUGUUUCCGGCAGAGAACAUACUCUUGCCGAAAGCAUGGGCUGAGAAAGCGUAUCCAAAUCUUGUCUUUUACAAGCGCAACGACAAGGGGGGGCAUUUUGCGGCUUUAGAGCAGCCCAAUACCUUUCUGCAGAACGUUGAGGAAUUUCUAGCAAUUGCUAGACCACUCAUUAGACUUGAAUAA